GCGAAUGGCGGAAGAGCAGGCGCAACAUCCACACCGAGCAGCAGUUUUUCACUAACAACCGUUAUCACCGCGCAGAGAGAGGGGAGAGCUACCGAGGCCCCCGAGACACGUUUGCCCGGCAGAGGGACUCGGACCGUUCGUCUUCUCUUCGCUGUCCGGAGGCCGGUCGCCAUGACUCUGAACCAGAACCACUCGGUGUCCGGCGGAGUCAUCAUCAACAACAGCGAAAGUGUGUUGAUGAACUAUGACAACGUGGAGCUCGUCUUCAUCGAUGCGGACAGUCUGCCCGAAGCCUUCAGGAAGAGCAAGAAGGGCGGCGUCUACCUCACUCCAUACAGGGUGAUCUUUGUGGCUAAAGGGCGGGACGCGCUGCAGUCCUUCAUGAUGCCCUUCUACCUAAUAAAGGGCUGUGAGAUCAAGCAACCUGUGUUGGGAGCCAAUUACAUCAAGGGUACCGUCAACGCCGAGCCCGCAGGUGGCUGGGAGGGCAGUGCUGCGUUCAAGCUCAUCUUUGCCGCCGGGGGAGCGAUAGAGUUCGGCCAGUACAUGCUGCAGGUCGCGGCUCAGGCCUCAAGAGGGCAACCAGUGACCGCUGGAUUUGGCGGAUGCCCCUACAUGGCCAACGGGGCCUACGCUUACCCUCCUCCCCCUGCUAACGGGAUGUACCCGGCUGGACCUCCACCCGGCUACUCCUACCCCAACCCUCCUCCACCAGGUGUAUUCUACCCCAACCCUCCAGCGUUUGACGCGUCUGCGUCCUACAUACCUCCGCCUCCUUACUCUGCUCCUCUCGGCCAGCAGCCCCCACAUGACCCGGACCUCCCCUCCUCGGCAGCAGCGGAGGCCAAAGCAGCCGAGGCAGCAGCGAGCGCCGGCGGUGCCACGCUGCCUCCUCCACACGUGUACCUGCCCCAGGACAAGCCUCCUCCCUACUCCCCUCCAGAGGACAAGAAGAACCAGUAGACCUGCUCCCCCCUCACGGCUCUCUCGUUCUCUCUCUCCUACUGGACCACCUUGUUCUUCAUCCCAUUAGAACCGGACAUCAGCAAGGCCAACGCGCUCCUUUUUAACAUGGGUCUCCCCUCCCUGAUCCCUCGUGGUUUCACCUCAUCAUUCCGCUGCCUUCCCACUUCGGCUUAAACCUCUCACAUUCCUUUUUAAUCAUGCCUAUGUUGUGACGGGUUUCAUUCUCUUCAGGAGCCCCUUUCACGUGAAGAAAUAACAAGUAUUGGUCGCUAUCUUUUAAAGGGAAAAACGAGAAGAUCGUUCAAGCCAAAGUUAUCUGGAUUUAGAGGCUUUUUUUCAACGUGGUUAACUUCGUUACCCGAGUAGCUAUUUCAACAUACAAGUAUUGCCUUGCAGGUGUCCCAGGAAUCGUCCCGCCACGCUAAACUUCAGAUUCAGCCGAGUUGUUAUUAUCCUCACUUUUCAUUUUUCUCUGACCGUCUAUCAAACUGGAAUUAAUCUAACGAUGUUCAUCACUUCCUAGUCUAUUCGGAGGCCAGCUGAACGCAGUGUUUUGUUUUUCUAUUAUUUGUGUGUCCAGGCUUUUAAUAUGUAGACUUUAAAACAAAAAUUAUAUGUUUUUUCUCAAGAACACUAACAUAGGAAAAAGCUACUUUUUGUAAAGGCAGCGACCUGCCGUGUGGGCGUGGUCCGCUCGGGCGUGUUUCAGAGGACCACGAGGAUCAGAGCGGCGCCCUGAUCCUGGAUCAGAGCAGAGUGAACUAGGGCCAGAGCAGAGCAGUUACCCAACGAUGUCACUUCCUGUUUCGUCAUGCCGCUGAACAUUCGAGAAAACAAAUGGUCGAGUUCGCCGCCAGCCUGCGUCACCUCUUCAUUCUCCUUCUGUCGUAGACACCAACAGGACCAUUCGAUGAUUUCCCUCACCGGUUCUACUUCCUGUGGUUGUGACCUUGACUCCCCAAGUUAGAGGUCGUCUUUAAACCUGAUCCGAGCACCUGUUUGAGUCACUAAUCUAUAUUCUGUAUCCGUGGCUGAUUCUUUGCACUCUCAGCAGGCCGUGCAUCGGGCUCCUGUUCCCUCUGUCAUGGCUGUGUGUAUAAUAAUAAUAAUAAAGCUCUGUAUUUAU